CACCCCAUUUCCAUCCCCCAAAUCCUAAUCUAGGGGUCUUCGGCCCGUGAAUCACCGUACCUCAUGGCCCCCAAGCGACGUCGCGCGGAUCAGGGCUCGUCGGUGCCUGCGCCACCUCCUCCUUUGCGGAAAGCAAAACUUCAGCCGGUUGUCAUCUUCGCCCACGGCGCCGGUGCCCCUUCCUCCUCCGACUGGAUGGUCCAUUGGAAGAAGAUGGUGCAGGACGCAUUAGAUGCUGUAGCCGUGGUGACCUUUGACUACCCAUAUAUGUCGGGUGGGAAGCGCAGGGCGCCGCCAAAGGCAGAGAAGCUUGUUGAUCACCACCUGGGCAUCGUGAAGGAUGCUGCUGUCAAGUAUCAGGGGCACCCUCUUAUUUUGAUGGGGAAGUCCAUGGGAUCGAGGGUCAGCUGCAUGGUGGCAAGCUCCACUGAAGUUGAUGUUUCUGCUGUUGUAUGCUUGGGCUACCCGCUAAAGGGAGUGAAUGGAGCAGUGAGAGAUGAGACACUCUUACAGCUGAAGGUACCAACGAUGUUUGUUCAGGGAAGUAAAGAUGCCCUGUGCCCCUUAGAUAAACUUCUGUCUACUCAAAAGAAGAUGACCUGCAAGAAUGAACUGCAUAUCAUUGAUGGCGGUGAUCACUCUUUUAAGGUCGGCAAAAAGUACCUAGAAUCUAAAGGGUUAAAUCAAUAUGAUCUUGAAAUGGAAGCUGUCACAAAAAUUUCACAGUUUUUCCAGGAUUCCUUCACUGAGAGUUGUACCUAGCCGUUCUGUAUAUUUUCCUUAACACCUUCAUGGUGACUAAACCUAAUCUCUGUCUUCGAACAAGAUU